AUCAUUGUGUUGAGUAAAUUUGUCGUAAAAUACUCAUUGCUUGUCAUUCUCUGUUUGUAUUCUGUGACGACAACACUGCUCUGGGGAUCGAAUUUGAACAGGGGAACAAAACGAGUCCUUGAGAUAUUAGAGCCAUGGAGAAGUUACCUUACCACCCCCUGGUAAUAGUGACGCAAGAGGACUUGCAGAAAGCACGAGAACUGUACGGGGUUCAAGAUGUCAAUUCACUGAGAGAAAGUUUAGACAUUUUAGAAAAAUGGCUUCAAAAACAACCACAUCUCGCUGAAGGAAGCAAAUAUUUGAGUCCAGCAAACUUGGAACGUGCUUUUAUAACAGCAAAAGGUUCAGUAGAAGAAACUAAAAGGAGACUCGAGAGGAUGUUUACAUCUCGCGGUAUGAUGCCCGAAUUGUGUUUGAAUAGAACCGUUGAAGAAUUCAAAGACGAAUGGGAGGUUGUAAACUACGUGCCCCUUCCAAAGAUAUGUCCAAGCGACCGUUCGAGAGUUAUGGUAACGCAAUUCCUAACAGAGAAACUAGAAAAGUUCAGCAUAUUAGCAUACUUCAGACUUUGCUUCAUGGUGGGCGAAUACAGACUGAAUUUUGAUUACACUCCAGCGGAGAGAUUUAUAAUUGAUUUUAAAAAUAUACACAUCGGUCUAUUGAUUAAAAUCAAUCCUGUAGUAGUUAAGAAAGCUGAAGUACUGUGCACUGAAGGAAUAGGCACAAAGAUAAAGGGUAUACACAUUCUGAACGCACCAACGUUCGUGGACAAAAUCAUACAUUUACUAAAGCAGGCGCUCAGAGAAAAACUCGCAAAUAGGAUCCAUGUUCAUAGCACCUAUGAAGAUCUCCACAAAUAUAUACCAAAGGAAAUAUUGCCUAAAGACUAUGGCGGUGAUGAAGAAUCAUGCUCUAAAUUGAGUGAAAAAUGGAAAAAGCUUCUCAGGCAAGAGGAAGCACGAAAAAUUAUACAGGACACCGAAAAACUAGUCAGCGAUGAAACAAAGAGGCAUGAAUCUAAAUUUAAUGAAGAAUAUAUGGGGAUGCCUGGGUCUUUCAGACGUUUAGCUGUCGAUUGACUUUAUAUAAAUUGUUAAUUAUAAUGCAUUUCUGUCUCUCGUUACCUCUGUAAGAUAAGUUUGUUUUUUGGAUUGGAUAGCGUGCGAUGGCCAUCUAGAUGCUGGCCUUAAGAGGUGGCUAUCGAAAUCUGUUGAAUUUGUACAUAUUAUUGAAUAAAAUUUAAAUUUGAGAAAUAA